AUGGCCGACGAUUGGGAUCUCCACGCCGUAGUCAGAGGAUGCUCAUCCCUGAGCUCAUCAGCAACCACCACAGCCACCGUCCUCUCCGGUGGUGUUUCAUCUCACACGAACCCUCUGUUCACCGUCGAACGGCGGAGUAAUGCCGGCGUAUUCGGGGAGAUUCGAGAUCUCUACACGCCGUUCACACCAGAAUCAAAUAUCUCCGUCGUCUCUUCCUUCUCUUGUCUGAAUUACCCAGAAGAAUCUAGACAGAGACCGAACCAGAAACGUCCUCUUUCUCUCUCUGCUUCUUCCAGUAGCGUCACUAGCAAACCCACAGGCUCCAAUACCUCUAGAUCUAAAAGAAGAAAGAUACAGCAUAAGAAAGUGUGCCAUGUAGCAGCAGAGGCUUUAAACUCCGAUGUCUGGGCAUGGCGAAAGUACGGACAAAAACCCAUCAAAGGUUCACCAUAUCCAAGAGGAUAUUACAGAUGUAGUACAUCGAAAGGAUGUUUAGCCCGUAAGCAAGUGGAGCGAAAUAGAUCCGACCCGACGAUGUUCAUCGUCACUUACACGGCGGAGCACAAUCACCCAGCUCCCACCCACCGUAAUUCUCUCGCCGGAAGCACCCGUCAGAAAUCAACUGAUCAGCAGCCGACGACUAAAUCUCCGACGACCACGAUUGCUACUUAUUCGUCGUCUCCGGUGACGUCAGCGGACGAGUUCGUCUUGCCUGUGGAGGAUCUAGCGGUGGGAGAUAUCGACGGAGACGAGGAUCUGCUGUCUUUGUCGGAUACGGUGGUGAGCGAGGAUUUCUUCGAGGGGUUGGAGGAAUUCGCCGUCGGAGAUAGCUUUUCCGGGAACUCGGCUCCGGCGAGUUUUGAUCUCUCUUGGGUUGUAAACAGUGCCGCAACAACCAGCGGUGGAAUAUGA